CACUGAUCUGUACGCUUCUCCAAUCUUCAUCUUCUUCGUUUUCGCCUUCUCUUGUUCACUUACAAUGCUCUUCUGAUCACUUUCAUGUCUCUCCCCACCAAACGCUCCGCCAUAGACAACAACGCCGCCUCCACCGCCACUGCCACGAGCAGCUCUGCCUCUGCCUCCGCCGCCCGCUCACCUCCUAUGAAGAAGGCCAAGAACGGCCUUCAACAUCACCCUCAUCAAGACUGCAAUCUUAACCCAUCUGACGACGUCGUUUUCGACCCCAAAUCCAUGGCCCUCGAUGACGAUCUCAAGACCGAUGACCCCACUGCACUGCCGAACGCGCGUGGUGUCAUGGCCGCCAAUUUGUCCCGCAAAAAAGCCACCCCUCCUCAGCCCCCCCGUACUAAGAAGUUAGCUAUCAAGCUGCACAAAGCUAAACCAACAUUGCCCCCGGAUUUUGAGGAAGUUACAUGGGCAAAAUUGAAGACUGCUAUCUGUGCUAUAUUCUUGAAGCAACCUGAUUCUUGUGACUUAGAGAACCUUUAUCAGGCUGUGAAUGAUCUUUGCCUGCAUAAAAUGGGGGGAAAUCUUUAUCGACGAAUUGAAAAUGAGUGUGAAGCCCACAUCUCUGCUGCACUACAGUCUUUGGUGGGCCAAAGCCCAGAUUUGGGUGUUUUUCUUUCUCUUGUUGAGAGACGUUGGCAGGACCUUUGCGAUCAAAUGUUAAUGAUACGUGGCAUAGCCUUAUAUCUGGACAGGACAUAUGUUAAACAAACAGAAAAUGUACGAUCAUUAUGGGACAUGGGCUUGCAACUUUUCUGCAAACAUCUCUCACUAUCCCCAGAAGUAUUGCACAAAACUGUUACUGGCCUUCUACGAAUGAUUGAACAUGAAAGAUUAGGUGAAGCAGUGGAUCGGACACUCCUCAACCAUCUUCUGAAGAUGUUUACUGCUCUGGGAAUUUAUGCACAAAGCUUUGAGAAGCCAUUCCUUGAGUGUACGUCAGAGUUUUAUGCUACUGAAGGCAUGAAAUACAUGCAGCAAUCGGAUGUUCCCGAUUAUUUGAAGCAUGUGGAGACGAGAUUGCACGAAGAGCAUGAAAGAUGUUUGAAAUAUUUGGAUGCAAGUACUAGGAGACCUUUGAUAGCCACAGCGGAAAAGCAGCUUCUUGAAUGUCAUAUACCUGCCAUACUUGAUAAGGGUUUCAUGGUGCUUAUGGAUGGAAAUCGGAUUGAAGACCUUCAGAGAAUGUAUUCACUCUUUUCAAGGGUCAAUGCCCUUGAGUCACUAAGGCAGGCCCUGAGUUCAUACAUCAGGAGAACUGGGCAAGGAAUUGUUAUGGAUGAGGAGAAAGAUAAAGAUAUGGUUUCAUCCCUUCUGGAAUUCAAGGCUUCUCUUGACAAAAUAUGGGAAGAAAGCUUUUUCAAGAAUGAGGCAUUCUCCAACACUAUCAAGGAUGCAUUUGAGCAUCUUAUCAAUAUACGUCAGAACCGACCUGCAGAGUUGAUUGCCAAGUUUUUGGAUGAGAAGCUUCGUGCAGGUAACAAGGGUACUUCUGAAGAGGAGUUAGAGGGUACACUAGAUAAAGUCCUAGUAUUAUUCAGGUUCAUCCAGGGCAAAGAUGUUUUUGAAGCAUUCUACAAGAAAGAUCUUGCUAAAAGAUUGCUUUUGGGAAAGAGUGCUUCUAUUGAUGCGGAGAAAUCUAUGAUCUCAAAGCUGAAGACAGAGUGUGGCAGCCAAUUCACAAACAAAUUGGAAGGAAUGUUCAAGGACAUUGAAUUAUCAAAAGAAAUAAACGAGUCCUUCAAACAGUCAUCCCAGGCUAGGACAAAACUCCCAUCAGGGAUUGAAAUGAGCGUUCAUGUCUUAACAACAGGAUAUUGGCCAACGUACCCCCCCAUGGAUGUGAGACUUCCUCAUGAAUUGAAUGUUUACCAGGAUAUAUUCAAAGAGUUCUAUCUAAGUAAAUAUAGUGGAAGGCGUCUGAUGUGGCAAAAUUCUUUAGGUCACUGUGUCUUAAAGGCAGAGUUUCCUAAAGGUAAAAAGGAGUUGGCUGUGUCCCUCUUUCAGACUGUUGUUCUGAUGCUAUUCAAUGACGCUGAGAAAUUAAGCUUCCAAGACAUUAAAGAUGCUACCGGUAUUGAAGACAAGGAAUUGAGGAGGACUCUGCAAUCACUUGCAUGUGGAAAAGUGCGUGUAUUACAGAAGUUGCCCAAAGGAAGAGAUGUGGAGGACGAUGACUCAUUUAUCUUCAAUGAGGGGUUUACUGCUCCUCUUUACCGUAUAAAGGUAAAUGCAAUUCAGAUGAAGGAGACAGUGGAGGAGAAUACAAGUACCACUGAAAGAGUUUUCCAAGACCGUCAGUAUCAGGUUGAUGCUGCUAUUGUGAGAAUAAUGAAGACCCGUAAAGUCCUAAGCCAUACCCUUCUUAUUACCGAACUCUUCCAACAGCUGAAAUUUCCAAUAAAACCAGUGGAUUUGAAGAAAAGGAUUGAAAGCCUUAUUGACAGGGAGUACUUGGAGAGGGACAAGAGCAACCCUCAAAUAUACAAUUACCUUGCAUAGUGCGUUUCUCCGUCAAAUUUCACUUCACAUUCUCUUUUUCUAGAAGACAUGGGAGAGAGGCCCCAUGUUUAAUCCCCAUGUCCUAUGUACAGUAUCUAUGUAGUUUUCCUCUCUUUUGUCCCUAUCAUUUAUUGACAAUGUUACUGUAAUUGUAAAGGCUCAAAUUAUUGUCUGGAAGAAAUUUUUUUCCCCUUUAUA